GUUCCAAAUCGAAGCACAGAGAGGGAGAGAGAGAGAGAGAGAGAGAUAAGUGGAUGAGAGUACAAACAGAGAGGAGCAGCAACACAAUGACGCCGAGAAGAAUCGUGUACAUAAACAACCCUACAACUUCGGAGAAUCCGGCGAUAUUACAGCAGAUCCGGCCCUCUCUGGUGGCGUCGUUCCUGCAGAGGCCCCAGUCUCUGCCAUUCGUCCUCACCAUAAUCCUCUUACUCGCGUGGUUCUCCAUUCGAAUGCAACGCGCUUCGCAGCCUCUCCCCGAGUGGAAGACCACCACCACCAAGGAUGACAUGAAGGCCAAUCUCGUCAGGUUCACCUCUUCCCAGAUUGCCAAAGACAACCGUGGCUGGUUGCUCGACCCUCUCUCUCUCGCCCUUGCUUCUGGCAUUUCUGGUGGAGCUGUGACCUGUGCUUCUCUUCAUGUUGGAGAAGUUCGACCUGGCAAGUUAAGAGGAAAUCACAGACACCAUGAUUGUAAUGAGACUUUCGUCAUUUGGGGGGCUACAACCAGGUUUAGAUUGGAGAACAGCGAGGUAACUGAUAAUGGUUAUGCUGAAGUGACCAUUGGUGGAGAUGAGAUUGCUGUUGCUGCCAGCCCCAUGCAUAAGGCACAUGCUUUAGUGAACAUAGAUCCGAUUCGCAGUAUGUUCUUUAUAGGAUGCCAAGACAAUAUUAUAAACUACAAUGCCUCAAGUACUGACUUUAAUGUUUGGAAAGACCUUUAAGCUGGUUGCUCUUCAAAGAUUUUCCCAUCAUUUUCCUCUUGAUGAAAUCUAAGUUAAUAUUGGUACGAUAUUGCUGCACAGCGUGAGAAUAUUUUAACCUUUUAGUUGUCUAUAUAUGUACAGAGCUUAGUUGCAAACUCGGUGAAUGUGAGGUUUUUAUAGGGUACAAAAAAGAAAGAACGAAAGGAGGUACAAUAUAUGGCCUUAGUCUAUUAUUACAAGAAUAUUAUUUUCUUAUCCACAAGUUGCUCAGUAUUUUGUUGUAGUUAGCAUCAAAUUCCUAAGAAUGAUUCUUUUUUAUGA